AUGUUCUUGCAGAGUUUUCCUGACCAAGACGUGCUGGGCCAGGCUUUUGAAGAUGCUCUAGAAGUACUGCAGCAGCACUCCGACAGAGAAAUGCCCUAUCCUCCAGGUUAUAAAAAUUGCCUGGCUGUGAUCAACCAUCACCACCACUUCCGAGCAAGUCCCAGCUACUCUGCAGCACCAUCUACAGAGGACCAAGGGUAUAGCUGGAGAAGUGUAGUUAGCAGUGCAUCGGAUUUUUACGGAGAUGAGACUGUCUACCAUACGCUGCAGAAUACUCCAGAAAGCCAAGUCAUGCACGCUGCUGCUGGCCAGCCAAAAGCAGGGAAAGGUAGAAAAAAACUUCGACUGUUUGAGUACCUCCACGAGUCUCUGUAUGAUCCAGCUAUGGCAAACUGCAUCCAAUGGGUGGAUAAGCCCAAUGGGGUCUUCCAGUUUGUCUCCAAAAACAAGGAGAAACUUGCAGAGCUAUGGGGAGAAAGAAAGGGAAACCGCAAGAUCAUGACAUAUCAGAAAAUGGCCAGAGCACUGAGGAACUAUGGAAGAACAGGUGAAAUCAUUAAAAUCCGAAGGAAGCUGACAUACCAGUUCAGUGCUGUUGUUUUGCAGAGACUUGCUCCAUCUUACUUCUUUGGAAAAGAAACAGUUUAUCAUCCGUACAUUCAGUCAAAUCAAGAAUAUCAGUGUGCAGAUGACUGGAUCAGUUACAAUAAUUACAUGUAUAACAAUGGUUAUGCAUUAGAGCAUACUAACAGCUAG